GAGACGGGCAGCUGGCUGGAAGGCUUUCCAGCGAAUGCCGCAGCAGAGCUCGGGAGGAAAGGGAAGGAGAGGAGAAGACAAGACAGGCGGGCGGGCUGCUUGGAUCCACCACUGCUGCCAAGCCUUGCUUGUGGGAGAUCGAUGGCUGCACCGUCCUCCUCCUAAGGGCUGCCCGAACCUUUCUGGGUGACGUCCUUGGAACUGCAGAGGAGCCAGCAUGUGGGGCCAGGCCCAGUUUGAGGAGACCAGGCAUCAAGUCCAAAAGCAGGCAGUGGUGGGACAAUGGAGGCCACUUGCAACAGCCACCAGAGGACAGGAGCUGCAGCAGCCAGAGCCUGCUGCCAAGGACUGUGUCAGUAUGGAUGAGAACCAAUCCAUUGCUCAACUGAACGUCUCCCGCUUGCGCAGUUCCUCUGUGGAGAUCCGUGAGAAGGGGUCAGAGUUCCUGAAAGAGGAGCUUCGCAGAGCUCAGAAGGAGUUGAAGUUGAAAGAUGAAGAAUGUGAAAGACUUUCAAAAGUGAGAGAACAGCUGGAACAGGAACUGGAAGAGUUAACAGCAAGUUUGUUUGAGGAAGCACAUAAGAUGGUUCGGGAAGCAAACACCAAACAAGCAGCAUCAGAGAAACAGCUGAGGGAGGCACGAGGGAAGAUUGACAUGCUGCAGGCAGAAGUGACAGCCUUGAAGACUUUGGUAAUAACAUCCACUCCUUCCUCUCCAAACCGGGAGCUGCACCCCCAGCUCCAAAGCCCUUCAAAAACAACCUUCAGGAAAGGGCACGGACGCAACAGAAGCACCAGCAGCGCUGUUGUCACUGCCACAAGCCAGAGCACACCGUUGGAGCCAGUUAGCAGUGAGUUCAAAGAGGUGGAUUCCAUCUUGUUUACAGAAUUCCAGGCUUGGAAGGAGUCUCCAUCUUUGGAUAAAUCAUGUCCAUUUCUUGAGAGGAUAUACCAGGAAGAUGUAGGGCCUUGUCUGGACUUCACCAAACAUGAGCUGUCAGAACUGGUUCAGGCAGCUGUGGAGCAGAACACUCUUACCAUUGAACCAGUGGCUACCCAGGCUCUCCCUGUGGUGAAGGUGUCAGCCAUUGAGUGUGGUGGGCCAAAUGGGUUCCAGUCCCAAAUCGUAACGAAGUGUGCUCUGAGUGGCCUUUCCCGAGCAUGCAGACAUCGCAUUAAACUGGGGGACUCUGGGAACUAUUACUAUAUUUCUCCUUCCUGCAGGGCCAGGAUUACAGCAGUUUGCAACUUCUUCACCUACAUUCGCUAUAUCCAGCAGGGACUGGUAAGGCAAGAUGCGGAACUGAUGUACUGGGAAAUCAUGCGGCUCCGGAAGGAAAUGUCCCUCACCAAAUUGGGAUUCUAUUCCAGUGAAAUGUAGAUUGUCAUUGCCCAUUGUUACCAUACAUAUAUACCACCUGGCAGACAGAUGGCUUGGUGUAGCCAUCUGUUAGGAAUGGAAACUAGCAAAUGCAACCAGAAGUCUGAAGGAGCACCAGUUUUCUCUGUGAAAUCAUUUGCUGCUUUCUGAGUGCACCUACAAAAUGCAGAUUUGCUCAGCAACCUCUCGAUCUUCGGCACAAUCAAGUGAGAUUACUCACAGAAUUGUUUUUCUAUGCCUUCUGCAACCAGCUUAUGUCUAGUAUAUUCUUGAACUAUUUGCUUCAGCAAGUCCUCAGAGCCCUACAUUGAACCAGGCUGUCCUUGACCCUGCUUGUUGCUUGGAGUUACGAAUGUACCUGGGCAAUCUCACCUAAGAGAAAGAUUUGAGCUAUAAUUCCAUUUGUCACGCCAGCUGUUGCCAGGGCGGGAUGUGUGUGUGUGUGUGCUUUUCAAAUGCUAGCACUACACAAUAACCUUGCUUGAUAGACGCCAAGUGGGUGUUAUGCCAGUGCUUCCCAGGCCUCUGUCCUCUGAGGAGCCUGCGAGAUUCAGGCUGGAGAGACAAGAGUCACAAAGAAUGCUUUUGAUUCUGUUUAUAACUCAGGGUUUGCCAUUUGGGUUGUAUAACAGACCCCAUACUUGACCCUGUGAAGGCAGGCAUGUAUUCUAGGCCAAACUUCUGACUGGAGCCUCAGUCACGAUGCAAGAAUGAGGAAAUUGCAUAACAGUGGGUGUCUUACAACUAUGUGGAGGUCAGUAGCUUGAGGCUGCAGAUGUUUUUCUCCACAGUCCAGUGGGGGGGGGGACUUGGCUACCAUAUUGGUUUUCCAAGGAGUGGCUCCUGUCUACUUACAUCACCAUGUGUCUCACUUAGAUUCCUUCACUGUACUCUGUUACCAUCUAAACACCAGCUGGAGGUUCACUUCCACUCUGUUACUGCAGAAUCUUGUGUAAGGCAAUUUGCCACUGCUCAAAAUCCCCACCAGACAGCUGUAUCUGUCAGAGAAUUAUCCCAUGCAUUACUUUUUGUGCUCUAUUAAUGUUAAAGGUAAAAUUAAUUUGUACCAUAAAAAAUAGAGUUCAUAUUGACCUCAGCUCUUGAAUUUUCUAGAAAGAUUGUUGGUUUGUAUCAAUUCUCUGUUUUCUUUUUUCUUAAGGAAUAGGUGGAUGGAUAUGACAGAUUUCAGUUAGUUAUGACAGUUAGUUUUGGCUUUCUAAAUGGCAAGCAGACUUGAUUUUGAAUUUGAAAACCACCGAGAUGGAAGGCCUGUUAAAUGCUAGCAAAGCAGAAAGUCUCUCCUAGCUUUUGGUAUGGAUGCUAAAUCAUGAGACUUCUCUUGAGGGCAUGGUGCUUAAUUUUCAAGACCAGCAUUGCUGGCACUAUCUUCUCUCUGCAGGUUAUAUCCUCUUCCCUGAAGGCCUUUCUACUUGUUCUCAGAAUUAAGGGGGCUGUUCAAUGGUUUAUUCAUUGGAGAAGGCAUUCAGCACAUGUUCAAAAGUGCUCAUUUUUUCUACAUUCCAUUGAUGGUCUCUGACAUUGAGAAUGGAGAUUCAAGGUUAAACACUGACACUUAUUAACCCCCAAGUAUGCUGCUGUAUUGAUGUCCAUAACCUACAGUGAAAUGAAUGUUUGGUUGCCUGGAAUUAAAUCAUUUCGUCUGC